CGCCAAACCUUCCGGGCGAUCUUCACGCGGUCAUGUCCAUCAUCGUGGACUUCGACUACGGUUAUUUCGACCUCCUCAAUGACUCCGCCCACAACAACCACACGGUGUUCGUGGUGGAUCCCGGCACGCUGCCGUGCGAGGUGCGGCCCCUGGACGCCCGCGCCGCCACGGCGCUGAGUGUGCUUCUGGUGGCCAUCUUCCUCCUGGCCGUCCCCGGGAACCUGCUGGUGGCGUGCGUGAUCGCGCACAGUCGGCGCACGCUGACGCCGUCCGACGUGUACCUGUUCCACCUGACGCUGGCGGACGGGCUGAUGGCGCUGACCGUGCCUUUCUGGGCGGCGGCGCUGACUCACGGCUGGAUCUUUGGCGACGGCAUGUGCAAGGCGCUCAACCUGAUCUUCGAGACCAACUUCUACACCAGCAUCCUCUUCCUGGCGUGCAUCAGCGUGGACCGCUACCUGGCCAUCGUGCGCGCCAACCGGGCCCUCGGGAGCCGGCAGAGGAAGUGCAGCCGGCUGGUGUGCGGCGCCGUGUGGGCCCUCGGGAGCGCCCUGGCUCUGCCCGCGCUCUUCAACGACGCCGUCAAAGCGGACCAGGACUCGGACAGGAUGUCGUGCUCCGAGAGCUUCGACAUCGGCAGCGCCCCCGUGUGGAGGAUCGCCACGCGCGGCUUCCGACAUUUUUUCGGCUUCUUGCUCCCCCUGGUGGUCAUGGUGGUCUGCUACGGCGUCACCGUGGCCAGGUUGCUGCGCACGCGAGGCUUCCAGAAGCACCGCGCCAUGCGGGUCAUCGUGGCCGUGGUGGUGGGCUUCCUGCUGUGCUGGACCCCGUACCACCUGGCCCUGGUGGUGGACACCAUCUUGAGGGCGGAGCUGGUCCGCUUCGACUGCGGCGUGCGGCAGGCGGUGAGCACGGCGCUGGUUCUGAGCAACAGCUUAGCUCUGCUGCACAGCGGCAUCAACCCGCUGCUCUACGCCUUCGUGGGCAAGAAGUUCCGGAAGAACAUGAAGACCCUCCUGCACAGGAAGGUCGGACCGGAAGGAGCACCCGGCUCCAAAUUCAGCAGGUCCACAUCUCAGACCUCCGAAGGCCACGGCGCUCUGGCCUGAAACGUCGGCCGGAGGACUGCGCCAAGAUCAGGGGCGGCCGACCUUUCAUCCACCGAGGGAUUUCCCAGUUUUCACCUUCAGAACCAGGACAAAACCUUGCGAAAGUCCAACUAAAAUGCUAACAGUUAGCACGAUGGUAAGGUAGUAAAAAUUAAUAGAUAAAAGCUGGCAUGCUAACAGUACUAUGCUAACAUGCUAAGAGGAGCAUGCUUACAGUUAGCAUCAGCCAAAUAGCAAAAUAUAUCACACUGAUGUGUAUACCUGCUAGCUAUAAAAGCUAACAUGCUAAUGUUAGCAUGCUAAAAUACAGCACAUGUCAAGCACAAAAAAAGUAUUAGUCUGCGAUGUGUACCAGAAAAAUGUGUUUAAAGUGCUAGCAUUGUAAUGUUAGCAUACGUCAAGUAGCAAAAUAUAACUUGUUAAGAUAUUAAAGUUUGCAUGCUAAUAGUGCUAUGCUAACAUGCUAACAACAGCAUGCUUACAGUUAGCAUCAGCCAAAUAGCAAAAUAUAUGACACUGAUGUGUAUACCUGCUAGCUAUAAAAGCUAACAUGCUAAUGUUAGCAUGCUAAAAUACAAACUGUAGCACAUGUCAAGCACAAAAUAAGUAUUAGUCUGCGAUGUGUACCAGAAAAAUGUGUUUAAAUUGCUAGCAUUGUAAUGUUAGCAUACGUCAAGUAGCAAAAUAUAACUUGUUAAGAUAUUAAAGUUUGCAAGCUAACAGUGCUAUGCUAACAUGCUAACAACAGCAUGCUUACAGUUAGCAUCAGCCAAAUACCAAAAUAUAUGACACUGAUGUGUAUACCUGCUAGCUAUAAAAGCUAACAUGCUAAUGUUAGCAUGCUAAAAUACAAACUGUAGCACAUGUCAAGCACAAAAAAAGCAUUAGUCUGCGAUGUGUACCAGAAAAAUGUGUUUAAGGUGCUAGCAUUGUAAUGUUAGCAUACGUCAAGUAGCAAAAUAUAACUUGUUAAGCUAUUAAAGUUUGCAUGCUAAUAGUGCUAUGCUAACAUGCUAACAACAGCAUGCUUACAGUUAGCAUCAGCCAAAUACCAAAAUAUAUGACACUGAUGUGUACACCUGCUAAAUUAGCUACAAAAGCUAUCAUGCUAAUGUUAGCAUGCUUAAAUAGGAACUGUCGCACACGUCAAGCACACAAACUUUAUUACUCUGCGAUGUGUAGCAGGAAUAUUUGGUAGCAUGGUAACGUUAGCAUACGUCAAGUAGCAAAAUAAAACUUGUUAGCUAAAAGCUGGCCUAUUAAAGUUAGCAUGUUAGCAGGUAGCAUUCAUCAAAUAAAAAUGUUGUCAAUGCUAACAAUUGCUAUACAUUAGCUGAACUUUGGACCCCCUGGCCUGGGUCAUGUGACCUCACUAUUCAUGUGGCAAACAAUAAAAGCAUGAUGAAACCUUCA